AUGAAAGCAGACAUGAAGUUCUCACUGGCAAUAGCAAUCGGAACAGGCUUUAUUUUGUCCAUAGGAAUGGCGUUUUUCAAAGGCGUCCGGUGUUUAGUGUUUCUGAUUUUACCAAAUUUCUGCUCCAGUAAAGGGAGGUCCUUCCUGCUUGUAUAUGCUAUGGUUCUGGUGAUGAACUUUCCUGUCAAGAACUUCUCCCACAAUAUGGACGUGAUGACGGAGGCCGCAACUUGUGGUGCCAGUUUGGCCAUGAACGAAACAAAAGAGUUACUAGAAACAGCUGCAGCGCCGUUGAUGUUUGUGAUACGCGGCGUUAAAAAGAUGCUUCAUGCCAUAAAAAUAUUCGCCAACGAGAUGCAGAAAGCGUUUAUGGUCCUGCUAAGAGCGGUCCGGGAAAUCAUGGCAAUGAUAGGCCGGCUGUUUAGAUGGCUGUAUGGGAUGGUAGACAUCUGCAACGACAGAAUGGGACAACCUUAUAGGAGAUGUAAAAGGGCUUUCGACAACGCCUUCGACAAGUGUGUGGACGUGAUGUGGAUCUUCGCUUUCAUCUGCUACAUUGUCAAGGCUGUGGCCCUGGUGUGCAACAUUGCCAGGAUCGGCGAGCUGCUUUGCCUCAUCGUGUCUGCCAUCAGGUCGCUGGUGCUGGAACAG